AACCUUCCUCUGCUGUUGAACAUAGCAUACAUUAGACACCAAGGCAAAACCAGUUAAUUAACCAAGCAAGCAAGAGAUCACCACACAUAUUUCCAUGGCGACGAAGGUCAUCAAUUCCCCGCUCCCCGCAACAGCAGCAUUGUUGGCGGCCGUGUCGUUGAUUUGCAUCAUGCUUUUGGCCGACGUUGCUGCCGCCGAACCCGGGACAGCGGGCUUCUUCGUACCCCGUUCCGCCGCUACUGCAUGCCCCGGGAAGAAGGGCCUGGGCAAGCUCGUCGCGGCGGCGGAUAUUCGAGUAUUCCAGCGCGGGAAGGCUUGUAAGCAGAGGUUCGAGGUGACGUGCACCGGAGCCGGUUGCAAGAAAGGGAAGAAAGUGGUGGUGCAGAUCGUAGACACCUGCACGCCCUCGAAGAAGAACCCUUGCCAGACGCUGACUCUCUCCAAAGCUGCUUUCAACGCCAUCGCUAAUCCUAAUGCUGGAGUCGUUUCCGUUAAUUUCAAUCAGUUGAAAUGAAACAGAAACAACUGAAAGGUGGCCAGCUGAGUUAUGUGUGGAGAAAUCACGACCCACUGAUGGGAAAAUUUUAUGUAUUAGUUGUGGUACAAUUGUUGUAACAGGUACUCUAUAUAUGUCAGCGCGCGGCGCAAGUUCGUGCUAAAUAAGAAGGAUGUCAUAGCAAAAUUAAUUAAACAUGUAUACGUAAUUAAAUUAUUAAGGACUG